AUGCCUGUAUGGUGCCACAUGUUUGUACAAACUCUGACAGAGGGAGCCCGGCUCUGGUUUGACAGCCUCCCUCCAGGGGGAAUUGAUAGUUAUGAAGAGUUAAGCGAGAAGUUCCUCAGGAACUUUGGUCAGCAGAGAAAGGUGGUCAAGAACCUAAAUGAGAUCCUCCACAUAAGGCAGAGGGACAAUGAGAGAAUAGACCAGUAUAUGGAGAGGUUCGUCAGGGAAAGCAUGAACAUCAAAGACGUCCCGGAGGUCAUGAAGAUCAGCAGUUUCAUAAACGAGCUGAAGCAUACACAGCUGUGUGAGAAACUGGGGAAGAGUUCCCCCACUCAUUUGACAACCUUAUGGACAGGGUCAGAGCCUUUGUCAGAGGGAAAGACACAAACGAGGCCCUCAUACUCCCCGUACAGACCCCGGGGGAGGGGUCCCCCUCCUUACUCCGAUAAUUUCACCCCCCUCACCAAGACCCCAAGUGAGAUACUGGCCACUGAGAGGGUAAAGAACUCCUUCCCAAGGCCACCACCCAUAAAACCCGGGCCGAAGGCACAACCAAACGAGUACUGUGAUCUUCACAAAGGUUUUGGGCACAAAAUUGAUGACUGUAUGUAUCUGAAAAGAGAGAUAGAAGCCGCAGUAAAAACAGGAAGGCUGGCCCACUUGGUUAAGGAAAUUAAGGAGGGGGGAGGGGAUCGCAAGGGAAGAGAUGCAAGGGAGCCUGGGAGGGCAGAUGUUGAUAUGGUUAGAAGGAGGAGUGAGUUCGAGACCACCCGGAGUGUAAAGGCCAGAAUCCUGGGCUCCCCGGACUGCAUGAAAGCUCCCAUCCUUAUGCCACACCUGGAAGAAAAUGAAGUGCAACGACUACCCCUAAACAUCUCAGCCAUAAUAGCUGGCCACAAGGUAUCUCGAAUACAUGUGGAUGGAGGGUCCGGUGUCGAAGUAAUAUACGAGCAUUGUUUUCUUAGAUUCGACAGAGAUGUAAGAGAUCGGCUUGAAGAAGACUCCAUCCCCUUAGUGGGAUUCAACAACAGUGUAUCACACUCCCUGGGAAAAAUCAGGCUCCCAUUCACAGUUGGGGUAGGGGAUCGGGCCCGAACGAUAAACCUGACCUUCACAGUGGUCCGGGCACCCUCGAAGUACAACGCGAUCUUAGGAAGACCUGGAAUUGGGGACUUACAAGCACAGGCAUCCACCCCCCACGGAGCUUUAGUGUUUCAAACACCGAAGGGUUUAGCCUGGGUUAAAUCCGCUUAUAAGGUAAUUUCUUCCGUAUCCAAAGAAGAAGCAUCUGAGAAGCCCCAGAAAGAGGGAAUAGAAGAGUGGGUCCUUUGCGACAGGCUUAACAGCGCGUAA